AUAAAUAAUUAUAUGGAUGCUUUUGAGUGUGUAGACUCAUUUCCCUGAAGAUUUCGUGGCUGGAAGAAAAACAUACAUUCACUGAACAUCAUAAAUAUUGUGUUCUAAUGACUCUUUCUUUGAACAGAUGGAACAAGGCAAAAGAGAUAUGCACAAGAAAUGGUAACCUCACUCCAUUAUUUGGAUGAUCGCUUUAUUCAACCUCGUCUUGAAAACUUAAUCUCUAGAAGUCGCUGGAAAGAACGAUAUAAGGAGCGAGUGGAUUGUUACCCUGAAGUCCGCAUAGUAAUGAAGACUCCAAUAAAUAGAUCCUGUCAAGCUUGUGAACUGCAUCGGUACUGUAAGUUUGAUGUGUUGCUGUCAGGAAAGCUGUACAACUAUAGAACUUUGGAAACCGAUGACUUUAUGUUGGAUGACAAACAGGUUUUGAAGGUUGGCAGCGUGUGCGCAAAUCGUACAAGGGUUUAUCAUAAUCUGAAACAUUUUAAAUUCAAGUUGUAUCAGCGCUGCUGUUCAGUUACAGAGGUGGAGGGCAUUCAGGAUGAGCCAGUCAAAGACACAGUCGACAGGCUUUUCAGUCAAUUGGAAGAGAGUGGCUGGAUUCAGGAGAGAUAUGAUUAUCUGGAAGAAUAUAUGAAUGAUGCAGAUUACUUCCAAGAAGAGAAAAUGGACUGAGUGGUCAUUCAUCUCUUUGAAAGAAGCUUUGUAAAAAUCUCUAAUUAGCUGUGAUAUCCACCUGUCCACAAAAGUACCUCCAAAUGCUUUUCAGGAUGUUUUCUUACACUGCAGUGUAUUUAAGUCUGUAGCUGUGCCUGUAAAUUGCUAUACAUAUAAAAAAAAAAAAAAAGCAGCAUAUUCUUUUAUACCCCUUAAUUUUAAAUGUCAAAAUAGUGAUUUAAAAAUGUUUUAUGAAGUAAACAACCAUCUGUUAUGCAUAGGCUACUUGAACUUUCCUUUGUGGUUAAAAAGACUAGUGUCCAAGUACCUAUGUAUUUAUGAAAUAAAACUUCUGAAUAUUGAUGCCUAGCUCAAUGGCAGAGAUGUGAGAACUGAUAAGCCCCAAUUAACCCUUUCUGGGGUAGGAAUACUUCAAUAAAAAGUAUAAAUUGCAUCCCAUCACAUCCCUGUGAACUUGAAAAGAGAAUUAACCAGUUAGCAUGGUUAUAGUGAGAAUGAAACAUAACCAGACACAUUCAUUCUUAAUCCAGGAUCAAAAUGACCUUCAUUUUUCAGCCCUGGAGACCUAGAAUAGUGCAAUUUGCACAUGGCCAUAGGCUCUGAUAUGGAAGAUGUCUAUAUGUAGUACAGAUGCCACAAUAGCUACUACCAUGUUUUGGAAGAUAGGUGGAUAACUAACUAAUAACAGUAAUCACCUGGCUGACAGGUGGGAAGGUGCACAAAACCUUGUUUGUGUUAUAUCUACUAGCAUGUGUGGUGGGGUGUCGUACCUCUCUGUGACAUGUAAAGCCCUAACCCAACUUUCUCUCUCCUGGGUCUUCAGAGAUAUAGGAGUUUAGUGAUGUGGUACACAUUAACCCCUUGGCCUACUUGCUGCACAUAAAAGAAAGCAGGCCGUGGGGGAGCAGAGAGCUUAGUGAUAAGGGGGAAAGUAAAUGCUCUUUUUUGCUUGAGUUGUGGAUGAGGAUAACUACUUCAAACUCUUCUUACCUCCUGGGAAAGUGAAGGAUGUUUUUUACCGUUGAGUCAUUUGUUUAAACCCUACAUAGGAACAGAUAUUAAAGUGAAUGUUAUUCUUGGGGUAUAGUCUGAUCAUACCUAUGAAGUUAGUAGGUUCUCAAUGCUUUGUAUUCAAUAUUAUAAUACUCCUAUAGUCGUGCAUGCUUGUCACCCUGGGAAUGGUAGUUUUAUGGCUGAGCAUGUUGCAAGGAUAGUCUGAGUGAAUUUGUUUUUUAAAUCAAUGCAGUAAAAUGAAUUCAUAUUAAGUACAUGAUCUACUCACAGGUAGUAUCCCAGUAGCCGUAGAUUUCAAUUAUGUAGGUCCUAGUGUGUCUUCAUGCCACUAACUACAUAUUGUCAGAAUAAAAUGUCAAUACAUUAAUCACUCUCCAGAUUACCUCUGGUAAAUAUCCAAUUGCCCUGCUUCCCAUGCUAGCACUUAUAUAUGAUCCCACAAGGUGUGUGGCAAAGGUAUGAGUUAACUCUACUUUCUGCAGUGAAGACUUGCUUCCCUCUCCACAUUUUUUUCCAUUGCUAUUUGGGGCCUGAUGCAAAGCCUGUCAGAGUCAAGGGAGAGACACCUAUAUUCUUUAAUGGAUUUUGGAUCAGGCUCUUGAGGAAAAUCCUACUAGACUUGACCCUGAUCACAUCACUUUAUAGGAAAACCAGGCCUCUCGUACAGUGCACCAGAAAAAUAAAACCUGUGUACCGCAUUACACACCACCUUGUCAAAUGCACACCAUGCACCAGUUAUGGUUGUGCCCUGGUCAUUCACAGUUAUCACUUGAGGGUGAAAUUAUUACACAGUACCACUUUACUGUUGCAUACUACUUUUCCUUUCAUGCAACUUUUUCUUUGACAUUUCUAAUAGUCUUCAUCUUUGCAGAUGAGUAGUUUUGCAACAAGAAGUCUAUGUUUAACCUCCUUUGCAAAAGUGGGCAACGACACUGAUUUUUCCAGCUGAUAUUGUGUUAGCGUUUAAGAGGGUUUCUGUAUCUCUCUAACAUUUACCAUGCUUAAGAUUACACUGUUCAUGUCUAGAAACCUUGAGCACAUCAUUGUUAAAAAGUACAACUGUGGAAAGUGGUUUUGUACUGUAAAAUGGAAGAUAUCUACUGCCAUCUCUUCAGUUAAACUGUGCUGACAAAAUAGGGGAUGCAUUUUAAUAAAAAUGAGUGUGCUUUGCACCUUUUCCCACCA